AUGCCCUGCGGCUUCCGGUUGCGAUUGCUCAGCCCCGCUUCUUCCUGCGCACGUUCCGUCAUGGCGCAGGGGCAGCGCAAGUUCCAGGCACAGAAGCCGGCCAAGAGUAAGGCGGCGGCGGCGGCCUCGGAGCGCAGCCGGGGCCCGAGGAAGGGAGGUCGUGUGAUCGCCCCCAAGAAGGCGCGCGUGGUGCAGCAGCGAAAGCUCAAGAAGGACCUGGAGGUCGGGAUCCGGAAGAAGAUUGAGCAUGACGUGGUGAUGAAAGCCAGCACCAGCCUGCCCAAGAAGUUGGCGCUGCUAAAGGCCCCCGCCAAGAAGAAGUAG